AUGAAUAUCAGGGAAUCGUACACAGCCGACAUAGUUCGUGACACUGCCAGGGACAAAAGUCUUAGUCUCAAACAGAAGCUAACUUUGCAUUUAGAGGAGCGAAAGAAGGAACCAGCAGCGUCUCCACGAAACCUCAAUAAAUAUCUUCCAUUUGUGUUCAUAGCAGAAGUGACGAUUGUCUGGUACUAUGGCACGUGUCAGGCAAUUCCUCUCUUGUAUGCGGAUUUCGGACAAGAAGUUACACUAAUUAUCCAGUCUGUUUGCACUUUUAUGGCCUUUCAGGUGGUGUUGAACUGGUGGUGCGUUUUCAGUGUAAGUUCAGCAUAUGAUCCCCAGCGGCACGGGACUUACUUUGAAUUUCUCGAUCGACAAGCCAAGACCACUUCACAGAAUACAACGCCAUUCGAUUCACAGAACACAGUAAACGGAGCAGAGGGAACUACAAUCGGAUCUACUUCCGGUAGUCCAGCACGUGUGCCGUACUGGUCCUGGCGGUACUGCACGCUAUGUGAUCAGCCACGUCCCCCUCGUUGUCACCACUGUAAACUUUGUAACACGUGCUCGCUAAAACGAGAUCACCACUGCUAUUUCUCGAGAAACUGUAUCGGAUACCGGAACUUGCGUCAUUAUACCGUUAUGAUGUUCUGGAGCUGGGUUUCCAGCGUGGUGAGUUUUGUGCAUGCCCUUCCCUUCAUUUUCAUGGAAGUUUUACCCAGUGCCGGUCACGUGGAUAUGCUUCCUUUAGUUGCCUUCUUCCGAUGGAUAUUCGGAUACGCACACUUCCGGGUUGGCAUUGUCAUCCUUGGAACAUGGAUGUUGGCGUUGUUUGUCAUUUUCACUACAUUCAUGUUGUUCGAAAUUGUUCGUUGUAUAAUAAGGGGGAAAACAUCCUUUGAGAUAGACAAUAAGAUUAAAAUCAGUGACACCCGUAGUGUAAGCGGAAAACUGAAUGCUGCUUUUGGAGACUUUUGGCUACUGAAUUUUCUUUUGCCCAUGCACUGGAGAUUUCAUCCUGAAGAGGACCCCGUCUUUUGGCCAACCAUAAACCAAUGA